AUGGACGGCAGAAAGAAACUGACCUCCUCCGGCGCUGGUGCCUCGGAGGCGCGGAAGCGAAAGGAGCCCCCGACAGUAACUGGCAACAACCGGAACCAGGCGAAAGGCACGCACUCGACAGGACGCUCCCUCAAGCGCGUCAAGUUCCAGGAUGCCCGAAACAUUCGCACCCAGCCGUCUGAUGCCGCCCUCGAGGAUGGUCGUCUAGACCUGCAGAAGUUCCUCAACGCGCGCCAGUUUGAGAUCAAGGCGCUCGAAUCGAGCAUGCAGAAAUGCACGUCCGUCAAUGCGACCCGCGUCUUCCAGCAGGUGCCGCGAGCGAUGCGGAGGAGGACGGCCAGCCACAAUGUCCGGAGAGUACCCAAGAGGCUAAGGGCGAGGGCCCGAAAAGAGCAGAUCGAAGACAAUACCCCAACCGUCGAGGCCAGAAAACGCCGACCACGCACCACGCGCGCCCGCAUACGUGCUGAGACGGUGAAAAAGUUGGGCAUUCUCGCCGCUAAGAAACGAACGAAGCAGCUUAAGAAGAAGGCCGCGUCCCAGGGUUCUACUCCAUCGAGUCGGGUGGAGGACACGAUUCAGGCCACAGUACAGACCAGAGCACCGAGGCCAAAGAUCCGGCGUAACACACUGAACGAGCCUCCAAGCCUCAAGUCCAAGUUCAAAAGGAGGCAAAUCAACAAGACUUGGCUACCAACACAUCUCUGGCACGCGAAGCGGGCGAUCAUGACAGAGCCAACUAGACCUCUUUGGAGGUUCGCUAUUCCAUGCACACCGACCGAGAAGUGCUACAGGCCCACUCAUCGCGCCUCUGGCCAGAAAGGCGCUGUCGUCUGGGACGUGAGCUACAUUAGUACAGUCGGCCUAUACGGCUUAGCCCAGAGCCUUGAGCGAAUGCUAAAGGCUUUGGGUCUGACUCAAGAGCACCUCUGGAGUACCAGGGGCCAAAAUUGGCGGGCAGGCCUCAGGAAAUGGACCGGGUUGUUGAGCCAGCAAACAAAAGACACAAGGCGAGACAUUGGCCCUGGCACCGUUAUCUGGAAUCCCGAGCCGCCGGCUGGGAGUGUCGAAAAGACGAACCCGGAGCGCCCGAAAAAAAUACAGAGACAAGUCUUGAUUCGAACCCACCCGUCUUGCUUUCUCCAGCUGUUCAACGAGCUUGUCAAGGUGGCCAAGAUGCAGACCCCUCAGGUGCAUGUCGAGGACUUGCGCUUCGAGAUUGGCAGCAUCGAACUCACAGGACCUGGCUCGACAGAGACCUUACUUGGCGUUCUUCAGCCAUAUUACAACAAACCCGAAACAGAGGAGACCCAUGGACGCGUCUUUAAGUCUCUUGCUGGUGUAACGAACCCAGCAUCCCUUCCAACAGAUGCCUUGCUGUCGUUUUCGGCCAAGGAUCCGCGGCUAUCAUAUCCGCCUAAGCGGGUCGUUGUCACCAACGGGAGUAACGAUCUGGCGCUUUUGGAGUUGCUAACCAAGUGGCCAGUUGGGGAAGGCCUGAAGCCGUUUGAUAUAUUCAGCAGGGAGUGCCUAUAUAGGGCGUCACAGCUACCUCGACAGAAGAGUAUAAACAGGCGAAAGGGCUCAAACGCUCCUGGAGAGGCCAUUCUUGUGACUGCGGCCGACCCACCAAUCCCCGUCAUGCUCCUAGCCUCCAGACCGGCCACAGGCGGACAAGCUCAAGGAACGUGGACCCUCCUGGCUCCUUGGAAAUGCAUCCCGGCUAUAUGGUACAGCUUGAUGCACUACCCUCUAUCAACUGGAGGCAAUCCUCGUCUUGGGGGCCUGGACGAGCAGAGGCAAGUCGCUUUCGAGCAUGGCGCGCCUUGGUUCCCGGGUGACUUCCCCGGAACCGAUGCAGGUUCUACUUGGGAGCUUGAGCAGCGGGCAAAACGCAAACGAGACUGGGACCGGCGGCCCAAGGGCAAAAGGGUGGAGUGGAAGUCCCUGGAUCUUGGUGCUGGGAGGAAAGGGGAGAUUGGAGACGGUCUGGCAUGCGACUUCGAAUAUCUCUUUGGCCUUCCAAGAGAGGACCUCGCAAAAGCCGCCAGAGCAAACGAAAAUUCAACUACAGAGAAUCCGGACGCAAUGGAUUUGGGUGAUAUCAAAGACACGGAAGAUGGGGCACCAAAAGAACAUGCGAGCGCCCAUCGGUCCCUUACUAUGGUCAGGCAGCUGUCGAAGACAUCAUUUGCUGCACUACUUACGCCUUCAAGUGUGGACAAACCGCCCGCAUGCUCGAUCAUCACAGUAAACAUCAGCUUUGUCGCGAGAGGCGUUGCCAACCCCUGCGCUAGGAUAUAUCGUCUCCCGACCGCGCAAGUUUCUGCUGUCCCUCCUCUAUCCACCGAGACAGAAGUUCCGUCCACAGAGCCUCCGUUCAAGGGUCCGGGAUCGCUACCAAAGCGCCUCCGAGAUCAAUGGCUCAAGCUAGGCCUUUCCAAUGCCGCAUCUCUAGGCGGUGGCAAACGAGCAAAGCUUGGGCUAGCACCUCCUCGUAUUCCACCUGGGGCUGACCUGGAGGCCCACAAGAGGCUCCUGGCCGCAUCGAUCCUCACAACGGAGCCCUUGCCAUAUCCCAAGCCCGCCGCCAAUCAGACCGACGUUGGUGGUCACCCGUUGUGCCCGAACGAGGAAGACCUGAUUGGGUUCGUGACAACAGGUGCAUUCAGUCUAAGUAAAGGCAGGGGCACGGCAAUCGGCUCCAUCUCGGCUGAGAAGGCGCUGACAGCCCUGAAAGUGGCGGGAGGGGGGAGAGAGGGAAAAUUUUGCAUCCUGAGAAAUGCAGGAGAGAGCGUUGGUUGGCUGGCCCGGUGGGAAGCUGUCUAA